CAGACAGGACUGACACUAGCCACACCCCAGGCAGACAGGACUGACACUAGCACACCCCAGGCAGACAGGACUGGCACUAGCACACCCCAGGCAGAUAGGACUGAGACUGAUAAACUCAGAGCAGAAUCUAAUUUCCCAUUAGAACCACACGGCACCUCAGGAGAACCUGAAGACGUGACUCCAUCAGAGUCACUGACACAGUCCAUGCCAGACAAGUCUACACAAGUCCACUACAGACUACUACCGUCUGUAGUAUCAGUCCAGUCAGAACAAUCAGUCCAGUCAGAGUCAGUGACACAGUCCACACCAGAUAAAUCUACACAUGAACUGUCUAUAGUGUCACAUCAGUCUGAACCACCAGUCCACAUAGAAGAACCAGUGGAGUCCGAGAUACCUCAGGAACAACCAGAGAUGGAGGUAGAAUUGUCAUCAUCACUGGGCCAGACAGAACAACAUGUCGGCAAGUCUGUAACGGAUCUUCCAGAAUCAGAACUGUCUGCAUCAGAACAGUCUGCAUUUGAUCAACCAGAACCACCGGUAGAAUCGGCACCAGGUCUAAAAGAGUCUCCACCACUGGACCAGUCUCCAACAGCACCAGCCCUGCCACAAGAAUCAGAUCAAGCAGCCACAGAACAGACAGGACUGGAUGAAUCAGCUGGUUCAGAACCAGUACUAGGCCAAACAGAUCAACCAGUAGAAGCAGGUACAGACCAGUCCCAGCCUCCAUCAGAGCUACCAGAAGAACAAGACCAGCGGGCACCUCUAGACCAGCGGGCACCGGCAGCCCAGUCUGAACAUGCACCUACCCCGGUAGAGCCUCCAGUUGAUGAGCCUGCACCUAGCCAGCAAGCCAAAGCACCAGCCCCAAUCCCAGCACCAAUGCAAGCUGUAGCUCCGGUCACUGCCCAUCCAGCUCUGACCUCAACCCCUGCCCCAGCCAGUACACCUGCCCAUCCAGCUCUGACCUCAACCCCUGCCCCAGCCAAAGCCCCUCUUAUAACUGUAAACCCUGUCCCAGCACUAGUUGUCAAAACUCCCACUUCCAGUAGCACAUCAGCCAACGCAUUCAAGAUCCAGAAAGUAAAGACAUCCGACCUGAAGUCCUUCCAACCUAUCUUAGAUGAGGAUGAAGGCCAAGCAGGGGCAGAAGGAGUGGGGGCCAGUAGUCUGGGUGUUGACCUCUCUGUUCCUCUGGAGAGACUGGAGAUCCUCUCCGACUCAGACGAAGGAGCCACCGACGUAGCCACAGCCGUGCCUGACUGGCUGAAGGAGGGGGAGUUUGUGACUGUAGGAACUAAUAAAAGUGGUACGGUGAGCUACGUGGGACCUACAGACUUUGCAGAGGGAACCUGGGUUGGAGUGGAGCUGGAUUUACCUGCAGGGAAAAACGACGGGUCCGUGGGUGGAAAGCACUACUUCCACUGUAACCCUGGUUACGGGGUGUUGGUGCGUCCUGAUAGGGUGAGCCGUGGAGGAGUCGGGGGCGGGGCUAAGCAGAAGCGGCGACAGCAGCAGAAGCGUCGCAGUGCUAACCUAUCUGGGUCCAGCCCUAACCUGGCUGCCCUCACUGCCCUGGCCAAGGGAGAUGGGGCUGGGGCCAGUCGCAAGGGACAGAACCGCAAGUCCUGGAACAGCUGAGAGGAGAGGGUAGCAAGGUUGGGGUCAAUUCCAUUUAAAUUCAGGAAGAAAACGGACAUUUUCAAUGCUUCUCUAUGAGAAAUGAACUGAAUUGAAAUGGUAUUGAGCCCAACCCUGAAGGGUAGUCUUCUCUGUAGAGUUCCAUAGGGAGAAGAGAGAUCUAGGUACACUGAACAAAAAUAUAAACGCAACAAUUUCAAAGAUGUUUAACACUUCUUAUAAUGAAAUCAGUCAAAUUGAAGUGAAUUCAUUCUCAAUUUAUGGAUUUCACAUGACUGGGAAUACAGAUAUGCAUCUGCUGGUCACGGAUAAGUAAUUAAAAAUAAGUAGGGGCGUGGAUCAGAAAACCAGUCAGCCAGCAGCAUACCACCUUGCACCCCACUGCUGGCUGACCUAUGAAGUCCUGGUCAGUCCCUGUAUGGGAGACCAGAUGUUGCAGGAAGUGGUGUUGGAGGGCCAGUAGGAGGCACUCUGUC